CCGGAGCCCAGUGGAACUAGUCAUAAUAAUCUAAGUCACUAAAUAGGGAAUAGUGUGCUACUUGGGACUCAGACCCUCCUACUUCCGGGGGAAUCUUUUUUUCCGGGCUGAUAAAAGACAACCACAACACUGAAAACACAGAAGAAUCACGGUCAGGAGACUAGAACCGAACACAAAAACCACUGAACGCCAUUGUGAACAGUGUGGGAACUCGAACUGAACCAGAGAUAAAACUGAGCCUUUGUUUACAGGAGGAGCAGCGAGCCGAACUGCAGGAGAGAUGAGGAGUUUUCUACCGUAUUUCUCAGCUGAAACCUGGACCCUUCUGGUCCUGCUGAUCACCCUGAUUGUAGUGUAUGGAUACUGGCCCUACAGUUUCUUUACUAAACUGGGGAUCCCUGGUCCUAAACCCCUUCCAUUCCUUGGCACUAUGUUGGAGUACAAGAAGGGUUUCACUAGAUUUGACACAGAGUGCUUUCAGAAGUAUGGUAGAAUCUGGGGGAUCUAUGAUGGAAGGCAGCCUGUUCUCUGUACGAUGGACAGAACCAUGAUCAAGACCAUCCUCAUUAAAGAAUGUUACAACAACUUCACCAACCGCAGGAACUUCCAUCUGAAUGGGGAACUAUAUGAUGCUUUGUCCAUUGCCGAGGACGACGCAUGGAAAAGAAUCCGCAGUGUCCUGUCUCCAUCCUUCACCUCUGGAAGACUGAAAGAGAUGUUUGGUAUCAUGAAGCAGCAUUCUUCUAACCUGCUGAAUGGAAUGAAGAAGCAGGCAGAAAAAGGCCAGGCUAUUGAACUGAAGGAGUUCUUUGGACCGUACAGUAUGGACGUGGUCACCAGCACAGCAUUCAGUGUGGAUAUUGACUCCCUGAACAACCCUUCAGAUCCAUUUGUCUCCAAUGUGAAGAAGAUGCUCAAGUUUGACCUGUUCAAUCCACUUUUUCUCCUUGUUGCAUUAUUCCCCUUCACGGGUCCUGUCAUGGAGAAGAUGAAGUUUUCAUUCUUCCCUGUGGAGGUGACAGACUUCUUUUAUGCCUCCCUGGCCAAGAUCAAAUCUGGACGGGGCACUGGGAACACCAAUGGUCGUGUGGAUUUCUUACAGCUGAUGAUCGACUCUCAGAAAGACAGCAAAACAAAGACAGGAGAAGAACAGAAUAAAGGACUGAGUGAUCAUGAGAUCUUGUCUCAGGCCAUGAUCUUUAUCUUCGCUGGCUAUGAGACAACCAGCAGCACAAUGAGUUUCCUGGCCUAUAACCUGGCUGUUAAUCCUCAUGUCAUGACCAAACUGCAGGAGGAGAUAGAUACUGUGUUCCCCAACAAGGCUCCCAUCCAGUAUGAGGCUCUGAUGCAGAUGGAGUAUCUGGACAGUGUGUUGAAUGAGUCUCUGAGACUAUACCCCAUCGCCGCCCGUCUGGAGAGGGUCACCAAGAAGACGGUUGAGAUCAAUGGUAUCAUCAUCCCUAAAGAUUGUGUUGUAUUAGUCCCCACCUGGACUCUCCACCGUGACCCUGAGAUCUGGUCCGACCCUGAGGAGUUCAAACCUGAAAGGUUCAGUAAGGAGAACAAGGAGUCUAUUGACCCGUACUCUUACAUGCCGUUUGGGGCGGGGCCCAGGAACUGUAUCGGGAUGCGUUUUGCCCUGAUCAUGAUCAAACUGGCCAUGGUGGAGAUCCUACAGAGUUACACCUUCACCGCCUGUGAUGAGACCCAGAUCCCACUGGAGAUGGACAUCCAGGGUCUGCUGAUGCCAAAACAACCAAUCAAACUGAAGCUGGAACCCCGUAAUGCCCCUAGCAACACUGGCUCAACAGCAGCAUAAUCAAUUACCUGUCAUGACCCUACCCUGUCAUUACCCUUCCCUGACAUACUCUAUGCUGUCAUUACUCUACCCUCAAAUACCAUACCCUGGCAUACACUACCCGGUUAUUACCAUACCCUGCCAUUACCCUACACUGUCAUUACCCUUCUUUGAAUACCCUAUGCUGUCAUUAUCCUUCCCUGACAUACUCUAUGCUGUCAUUACCCUUCCCUGACAUACCAUAUGCUGCAAUGACCCUACGCUGUCAUUACCCUUCCCUGACAUACCCUACGCUGCCAUUACCCUAUGCUGUCAUUACCCUUCCCUGACAUACCCUAUGCUGCCAUUACCCUACACUGUCAUUACCCUUCCCUGACAUACCCUAUGCUGCCAUUACCCUUCCCAGACAUACCCUAUGCUGACAUUACCCUACACUGUCAUUACCCUUCCCUGACAUACCCUAUGCUGCCAUUACCUUACACUGUCAUUACCCUUCCCUGACAUACCCUAUGCUGUCAUUACCCUUCCCAGACAUACCCUAUGCUGACAUUACCCUACCAUAUCAUUACCCCUCCCUGACAUACCCUAUGCUGCCAUUACCCUACCAUAUCAUUACCCCUCCCUGACAUACACUAUGCUAUCAUUACCAUACCCUACCCUGUCAUUAUUCUACCCAUGCAUACCCUACCUUUUCAUUACCCUACCCUCUCAUUACCCUGUAGUAAUGCAACAUGUGGUACCCAUUUUUGGAACAGCCUGCAACAAGUCUUUGCACCACAAAAACCUAUUUGCCAGUUGGUCAGCUGAGGACCCUGUGUGCUUUGUCUUUAAUGACAAUUGGUCAGCUGAGGACCCUGUGUGCUUUGUCUUUAAUGCCAAUUGGAACUGUUUUUUGAUUUAUUUCUGUGACUGUGUGAUGUGGAGAUUGCUUUGUUUAAAGUGUUUUAAGGAUUCAAUUUAUUUUAAUUUGUAGUAGUUAUUGUAACUGUGUUGAUGUGCUCAGGUCAAUGUAGUGGAUGAUACCCUAAUCUCAGUGUUUAAAACUGAAUCAAGGAGCAAUAAAAAAUAAAUACACUCUUCACA